AUGUUUACUGAAGAGGGAAAUGUAGAGUCCCUUUCGGUUCAAGUAUUCGGGAGUUCUGCUCGUUAUCUAAUCAGAAAACGGGUUCAACAUCCCGAAUAUCGAGAAGAAACUCUUGCUAAUGACUUAGAGAUGAUCAUUCUGGAGAUGCCAGUGGAACUGAAUACAGGGGCGUGCAUUCUUUGUACCCAGGAUUCCCAGGGACUUCAGGACUUCUCUCAGUGCAAACUCAUCAGUCACAUGAAAGGUAGCGGCUUCUGGAAAAAGAACUUGCAGUUUGGAUACAUUUUGGUGGGAUGGCUACGAAAUGUCUGGAUGACGACGGUGGAACACAUCUGCAGCCUCUCUGGUUAUCUCAUGGUUUUCACUGCAAAGCAACAGGAGCUCAACUCGUUGUUCUGUAGGCAUGUUAGGGAUGCAGUGAGCUCGUGCAAAGACAAAAGAAAAAAUGCUGUUCAGGGGCAGCAUUUGAGCAUCUCCGCUUAUUCACAUUUGGCAACUGAUUUAUGGGCAACCUUGUACAAAUACAAAAUCAGUCAAGUAUAUGGAAUCAAUGACAAAUGUUGA